CAUCCAUGUUCGUACGAAAUGCGAAAGUGUGUUAGUCGACUAUUGAAACAUGUAUAUUUGUUAGUUUUUUUCUCUCUUCUUUUUUUAACAAAUUAGAAAGAAAACUUUAUUAUUUUUUUUUUGUAUUUAAGUAUUAAAAGUGAUAACUUUUUUUACCCUAGCGAAUAAUUUCAAAGUGAAAUAGUAAAUAAAUUUGCCGUUCUCAUUCUAAAAAAAUCAAACAAAAGAAAGAAGAAAAAAACGAAUUGUAACAGCGAACGAAAGAAGGAAAAAAAAAUUACAAGGAAUACACACAAUCGAUUUGUUUGCGAUACGAAAGAAGAAAAAGAUUUCUUUGAAUAAACGAUAUACACACAUAGUAGCAAUGGAAAUUAAAAAACGAAAAAAAAGAAUUACAAGCAAAUAAAGUGUGAAUGAAAUGUGCGAUUGGUGAUUUUGAUUUGGUCGAUUUACCAACCGAAAAAACGGUAUUGGUAAUGUAGUGCAUUUGAAGAAAACCGAGGGACAAUUUUUCGGGAUUUACAGAACGAGAAUAAUAUAUUUGGAAAAACAGCAACAUCAAGCAAGCAGCACAUAGAGCGCAGAGAAUAAAGUCGGUGUGACAACAAAAUUUCUGCAACACAAAACAAAAAGUUAGAUCGAAAAGCCAAAAAAGUGUAUCAUUACAAGAGCAAAAAGGAGAUUAGCAUCACGUAUUACGAUUGUUGUUACUUUUUCGACUAUGACUGUUUUUGUAGCGGCCGCCGUGCAGUUUAACACAUUUCUUUCUUGAAUAAAACACAUGAACCUCAACUCACUCUCAUAUUCAUCGCAAAAAUCAAUUGAAAAUGGCCAAAUUAAAUUUCGAUUAGAAUCCCAAAACAAAACAAGAAAAUUGCAAGUGUUGCAAGGGUGCGCACCAACGCAAUUCUUUCUUUUUUUACACACGCGAAACAAACAAACAAAAAAUACGAUCUUGAAUCAAAUAGUUUAACAGUAACAGAGAUAAAGAACCAAUCAAAUUAAAUAUGGAUAUUCAAGAAGUUACAAUCGACGAUGACUAUGACGAUGGAUCCGAUGACGGAGAUAACGAAUUUGAUUUUUUAAACAGUUCAACGCCAAAUCAUCCGAUUUCACGAACAGAGUCAUCGUCCCCAUUCUUAGGUGAAGAAUCGUCAAUUUCACCAAAUCCGCAAAACAUUUUUUAUUCCAGUGGCAUUCACAGUCACAACACAGGCGAUAAUUCAAACAGUAACGGUCAAUUAAUUACGAUAAAACCAACAACAAACGGAGGGAGGCCACAUAAAAGGGGACCAGGCAGGCCGCGAAAAGAUUUCCCAUUGCAUGUAACAACAGCGAAAGCACCACGAAGAGGUGGUGGCGCCAACAAUCGUAUCGUAAAACGUGCAUGCGAUGAAAUCAGCGGCCGUGUACCUAAACCCAUGCGACGUAAUCACACAGCUGGAGGAUCGAAAGCAACAGCGAAUACAAACGCAACUACAGCAUCAGUAACGACUCAGGAAAAUAAUAGUUUUAUGUCUAAUGUAAUGUUACUGUCACCUCUCAACGAUGACGGUAGUAAUAGUUUAACGUCGACGACAAGUGUUGCAAUGGAAACAGAUCAGUCGGUUUAUGAUCUGCAAAAAGACAUGCAGCAACGACCAGCUGCUUCAGUCGUUGCUGUAAGCACGUCGACAACCACGAAUAAUGUUAGCAGUGGAGAGAAAGUGAUGCAACCGCCAGAAGAAUUGCCGUAUUUUCCAGAAAAGUGGCCGGGUAAAGUGUGUGCAUUAUGCUGUUUAGGCGAACGUAGUCAAAUGGGACAAGGCGAAAUGUUACGAAUCGAAGUAACGGAAUGUGAACCAAAAUCAACAACACCAUCAACACCAAUUCUGGAUUCGUCACAAAUGAAUCAAGAAGAAGAGAAAAAUCCACGCAGCGCGUUAAAUGCUCAAACACAACUAAGUAAUCGGCGUCAGAAGGGUCUUAAUAAAUGCAAAAAUCCCGUGCUAACAACGGAAUAUGUUGACGAACUAGAGAAAAUCGGUUAUCCGGAGAUUGUUGAAUUUUCGAGCUUAAUUGAUGGUGGCUACUUCUACAUUCAUCGCACAUGUGCUUUAUGGUCAAUGGGAAUCACCAAAGAUCUUACGACCGGCGUUUUCGAAAAUGUUGACGAGGUGGUGUCACAGAGUUUGACACGCAAGUGUUCAUUUUGUAAUCGAUACGGUGCGCAUAUGGCGUGUAAGAUGUCAUGCCCGAAAUAUUUUCACUUGCCGUGCGUGGCCGCAUCGGGUGGCUUUCAAAUCAUACAAAAUUUCACGGCAUUUUGUAAAGAACAUUUAGGUCAAGUGCCAUUAGUAUAUAAUGAUAUAGAGGAUAUAAAUUGUCGUGUGUGCAGUGGUUUGGGCGAUGUGUCGAAUUUAAUGAUAUGCUCGUUAUGUGGCGAUCAUUAUCAUGGGCCGUGCAUUGGUGUUGCACAGUUGCCGGGCGUUCGGGCUGGCUGGCAAUGCAAGUCGUGCCGUAGAUGUCAAAUAUGUCGUGUACCUGAUGCUAAACAAGCCGAUGGACGUUCGCUGUGUUGUGAACAAUGUGAUAAAAUGUAUCACGCUAAUUGUUUACGACCAGUUAUGACUUCAAUACCAAAAUACGGAUGGAAGUGCCGAUGCUGUAGAGUGUGUUCCGACUGCGGAUCACGAACGCCAGGCGCUGGAACUUCAUCUCGAUGGCAUGCGCACUACACCGUGUGCGACUCAUGCUAUCAGCAAAGAAACAAAGGAUUCUCAUGUCCAAUUUGUCAAAGAGCUUAUCGAGCGGCUGCUUAUCGAGAGAUGGUCAAAUGCAGUCUGUGCAAUAAAUUUGUUCAUAGUGAUUGCGAUGCAGAAGCAAGUCUAACCACAUAUCAUGCGAAAAAGGAGGCAAAUCCCGAGUAUGAAUAUACGUGUCCACCAUGUAAAACCUUAGUUCAAAAUGGUCGCAUCAAUGCAUUGCGACGAAAUAACAAUGUCGAGGACGACAGUAUGUCGGCGUCACAGGAGAGUUUGUGCGGCGGUGGCGGUGACGAUCACUCAGACAAUGUGUCGAUGGCAUCAAUCUCAGCUUCCGAAUCGUCCGACAAAUAUCCGUCGGAUUUCGGUUUGGGCAAAGGUAAACCGUUGUCGGCCAAUAAAAUGAUCGCAAAAAAGCGUCCGCCCGGUGUGGUGGGUCGGCCCAAAGGUGGUGGCAAAUUCUCCUUCCAAAAGAAGCAACGUACCGCCGAAUUUGGCCGAAAACGUGGACCAAAAGCGAAAAUGCGCGGUGUAUUUGGUGUACCUGGUUUAGGAUUGCAACGUCCAACAUCCGAUGCAAAUAACAAAGCCGACGAAGAGCCCGGUGUGGAGAAUCGCCUGGUACUGUGCUCGGCCAAAGAUAAAUUCGUGCUGACGCAAGACAUUUGCGUGAUGUGCGGUGCCAUCGGAACCGAUCAAGAAGGUUGCUUGAUAUCGUGCCUGCAAUGCGGCCAAUGCUAUCACCCGUAUUGUGUAACUGUAAAAGUGACCAAAGUCAUACUGCAACGUGGUUGGCGAUGUUUGGACUGCACGGUUUGCGAAGGCUGUGGCAUGAAACAUGACGAAUCAAGACUCAUUCUGUGCGACGAUUGUGACAUCUCAUAUCACAUUUAUUGCAUGGAUCCACCGCUUGACAUUGUGCCGGAUGGCACAUGGAAAUGCAAAUGGUGCGCCCUAUGCCAAAAGUGCGGUUCGAAUACACCGGGAACGAAUUGUACAUGGCAAAACAGUUUCACCGAAUGCGGCCCGUGUGCUAGUCAAAGUCAAUGUGCCUUUUGUACGUACGCCUAUAACGAUGGAGAGCUUUUGAUUCAAUGUACAUACUGUGAACGGUGGCUGCAUGCAGCCUGCGACGAAAUUCGAAACGAAGAGGAGGCCGAACGCUGUAUUGAAGAGGGUUACAAAUGUCUAUUAUGCCGUCCAAAAGAUGCACUUCCACCUCAUUUGAUACCAGUUAAGAAACCAUCACCGAUAAAUACGAAUACCAAAGCGAUUACCACGCCAACAACCCCAAAGUCCAUUGAAGAUGCGCUCGAUUCGGUACCGCCAACGCCACUCGACGGUUGCCAUCUGGUCGAUGGCGUGUCACUCAGUGAUACCGGUAUGCAGCACAUAAAAUCCCUGCAAAUGGAACUCGUGCGAAAGAAGCGAAAAACAAAAGCACUGCCAAUCGAAGCGCCACCAGCUCCACAAGAUGCAGGCAUAAUGGCAACAAUUGAAUCGGUGGUAGCUGGCGGAAGUUUGGAUAAUUCGUUCGAAGAUAUUAAGGUUGAGCCGCUUGAUCCGCGUGAAGAGGCCGAAAUCUAUAAAGAUGGCAUGAUAUGGGAUAAAGAUUUGAGCCCGCCAGAAGGAUUUACCAUUGGCUCCAAUGAACAAGGAGUCGCGGUAUUGCGCAAGAAACGCCAACGAAACCUACAAAAAUUGGGAAUCGGUGGUUUUGUUGUUCGGAAUCGUACGGUACGCAAAGACGGUGCAAACAAAGACGAAAACGAAGAUACGCCAGACGGUUCGUUGCAUUUCACAACAACAACGGCCGAACUGAAGAAGAAACAGAAUCGUAAAAAGGUUAAGACAAAAUUGGCCGACACAUAUCCAAGCUAUCUGCAAGAGGCCUUUUUCGGUAAGAGUCUAAUGACCGUGUCAAAAACGAAAUUCGAGUCGAGCAGCAGCGAUGAUGAGGCAAAGAGCAGUGUGACCGAAGACAAAACCAUUCAAUUGUCCACCGAAGAAAUUAACAUUCUCAAUGCACAACGGCUCAAACAGCAGAAAUUGCUGGAAGAGAAGAAUAAACAGAAUGUCCCAUCUACAACAGCGACGACGCCGACGGCGACGCCAACGCUUGCAAAUACCACAACAACAGCAGCUGUCAAUCAAGCAAAAGCAAUUAUCUCAAAUGUUCCGCCAAAUGCAACGAUCCGAAUGAGUGGCAUAAAAACGGAUCCAACACAACAAGACACCGAAAUGACCGAUGUAUCCAAUUUACCAGCCGUCAAUUCGGAGGUGGUCGUUCGCAAACACGAAUUGAAUGACUUGAAUCUGGAUAAUAUUGACUUCAAAAUGGAUACGAACACCAUUUUGCCCGACGAAGCACAGAAAGUACAACGAACAACCGUUCCAAAUACUCAAAUGCAGCCACAAAUCAACAAACUACCACCAAAUAUUCAGGCGAAUGUUGUGAAACAACAGCCGCAACAAAUUCCAAUCCAUGCUAAUGCCGUACAAACAAUGGUCGUUAAUUCCAUACAGAAAAAGGCGCCAGAGCCGCUUAAUCAACAAAUUAACAUGCAAACGGUGACCGUAUCGCAACAACAAACUGUUAUUCCGCCACAAGCAACAAUCGAAAAAUCCGUUCAGUUGCAGCAGCCGCCACCAAUCCAGAUGCAAUUAAACCAAAGAGCCUUAACCAAUCAACCCCAACUAAACCAAACAAUGCAAUCGCUAUCUCAAAUCGAGCCAAUGCAACCGUCACCAGUUGACAAUAAUAUUACACAGAAAAUUGGCCCAAUGCAAGGAGACCAGCAACGUACACUGACGAUGACACCAACGCAAGGUAUCCAAAUGAACCAAAUACAGAAUCCAAUUCAACAGAUUGACAUCAAAACCGAGCAUCAAACGCAACAAAAACAGACAAUACAAGUGGUGCGACCACCGAAUGUGAAUCAACCACAUAUUGCUCAAAGUCUUCCUUCCAACAAUGUUAACGUGAAUGUGAAUCUGAAUGUCAAUGCGAGCAUGAACAAUGCUAAUGUUAAUGCCAAUAUGGACCAAAUGACAGCUGGCGUGGCCGUCGAUGAUAACAUGGCAAACGCUGGUGCUGGCGCACAAACUCACAACGCAAAAUCGUGCGAACGUAUGCGCCAAGAUGAAGUGCUCGAGAGUUUGGCGACCAUAUCAGCCGUUUUGUAUGCAAAUACAAAUCAUCCCGAACUGAAGGUCGAUUAUCCCAAUUGGACCGAACGAUACAAGCAAAUUCUGAAAAAGUGGCGUGCAUUGUCCACGGAACAAAAAGCGCCAUACUUACAGAAAGCUCGUGAGAAUCGGUCAUGCUUGAAGAAGUCGCAACAGGCCCCGCAAACAUCACCCAGCAGCAAUGAUGCUAAUAGGCCGCAAUCGCAACCUCAACCACAACCACCACCACAACCACAACCAAUGCAACAAUCUGAAAUUCCUGUCACUCAAAAUAAAAUCCUUGCGAUAACCACAAGUGAAAUCCCUGGUAAUAAGAUUAUUUCGGUUACUACGUCGACAACGCAGCAACUGCCAACGAUGCAGACACAACCAACACAGCAACAGCCGCAACGAAAAACUAGCAUAUUGGAUGAAUUAACUGAAUCAAAUAAUGUACUUAGUGCAUCUAACACAGUUCCAACUAAUCAAAAUCAAACCCUCACCUCCAAUAAUGACACAACACACUCACAAAAUUCCUCCAACACUCAUACCAAUCACAUUGACAUUGAACAUAGCUACAAACAAGAGUCGAAUCAAGCCGACCAAAUAACGAUAAAUGAAACGAAAACGCCGAUUGUCACCGUUGCCGCGGUUACAACGGUUAAAUCAGUUAUCACUUCUAACAAUACUAGCACAAUCGUAUCGAACACAUUGCAACCAAAUCCUGUAAAUUCUAGUACAUUGCCUAUUAACUUAAGCGUAGAAUUGCGAAAAAUUCAACAAUCGGCGGGAUUGAUUACGUCUAGUAGUAAUAAUACGUUUAUAUCGAAGCACAUUUAUCAUUCGGCCGAUAAAAUGCAAACGGGUAGCGGCCUAUCGGCUCGCAUCCCAGCGCCAAAUGUUACGGUUGUCGAUAAAAAUGGCGAAAAUAUUCGCAUAUUAAAACGCGUACCCGACUCCAAUUUCGGCACACAUUCAUACGACAGUUCAUCCAUGAAAUCGAAUCUGUCGCAAUCGUCAUCUUCGUCGACCACAUCAUCGCGUUCAUCAAUAUCAACGAUCAAUUUAAUUAGCUCGAAUGCCGGACCAACCGUAGCAAUAGCACAACCACCACCGCCAUCAUCAUGCACAAACACGAUCUAUGAUCAACACAUUCGUGUGUUGACACCCGUCGAAAUCAUGCGAACGCUUCCAUCGUUGCACGAUCAUGAGAUGACAUCCAACGAAUCAACUGCAACUAGCAAUUUUUCGACGGCAUUGUGUAAAAGUCGACGUAACAUCAUCACUAGUUCACAUGAGAACAGCAAAGAUACCGUUGACAGUACGGCAAUCGAUUCGAGCAGCGGCAACAGCGUCGGAAGUCAAAAGAAAAUCGAAAGUGGAAGCGGCGUCGGUGGCGGUGAUGAGGAAAUGCCUGAAACGCAAAUCAACAACAUCAUUAAUGUCACAUCGAAAAUGGAUGAAGUUGCAUCGCCCAUUGUCAGUUCAACGCAGCUGAAGCCAAGCGAGCCACAAAAUUGGAACACAUUUACUAAUAUGUCACAAUCAUCUAGUCUAACCCAUUCGUCCACUUGUUCUUCUCCAUCGUCCACAUCCAAUGCCGCCGCACUAACAAUGGAUCAAGAAAAGAUCGGCAUGGACAUUCAUCAGAAAAAUGUUCGACAACAAGAGCAAGAACGACAAUGGAAACAAUUACAGGCACGGCUUGCACGCGAACAGCAAAUACAACAAAUACAAGCAAUGCCUGAAAAGAUGCACGUCGACCCAACGCCAAAUCAAAUGCAAGUCCCUGCUAAUCAUAAUAACAAUAACAAUACCAAUGACGCAGCCAAUGGAACGAUUGUCAACAGAAAUAUACCAGCCAAUAUGGGUGGCCAAUUUUCGGCGACACACCAGAAAACUCAUCGAAUGGUGGUCGGAAUGCCAGCCGGCACAAAUCAACAGUUCCAAUUGCCUCAGCAACGAGCCGUUUCGGUUCAAAUACCACGACCAGGUCAAAUUCAACAACGUAUUGUACAAAGUCCAUUCUCGCCACAAUCGCAAACGCCUCAAUCGCCACACAAUCAAUUCCCAUUGUCACCAGUAACUAGUACUCAUGAUCAGUUUUCGCGUCCAUCGUCAGAAUGUUCACAAGAUCCAUAUUUGAAUUCUCCACAAACGCCUCGUUCAUUCGAUCACCAAAGUCCAACGGCGAGUGCUGGCCAAAGCCCGGCAAGUCAUAUGCAUAUGCGAACACCGAUGCACAAGCCAACGGAUAUUCAAGGUCAAAUCCAGCCACGAAACAGCGCAUCACCAUAUUCAUCGCCUGGAGCACAAUCACAAGAGAAUAAUCGACAAUUGCGCGACCUUUUGCAGCAACAGCCGCAACAGAAUGCAGUUAAUACAUUCCGACAACCGCUACCACCUGGUAUGAUUGCGCGGUCGCAACGAUUUAUGGGCCCGCAACAACAACAGCAGCAGCAACAUCAAACGGUUAAAUCGGUUAUUACCGUUCAAAAUACUCCGAUGGUAAGCUCGCCAGCUGAAAAUAUUACACCAAAUGUUAGCCAGGCUUCGACCACUCAACCAAACAUAGUCAAUACAAAUGCUGGAGAACAACAACAACAACAACAACAACAACAACAACAACAACAACAACAACAACAACAACAACAACAACAACAACAACAGCAGCAGCAGCAGCAACAGCAGCAUCAGCAGCAGCAACAACAACCGUUACAACAACAACAACAAUGUGCACCAAAUCAAUCGACGGCCGAGCAACUAGAUAACUUUGGUAACCAUGCCGAAUUGGAGAAACUCGAAGAAGUUGGCGAUAUUUUGGGUGAUUUGGGCGAAGAUGACGAUGAUGAAUUCUUGAAGUCCUUUACCGCUGAAAUGGGCGUUGACUUCAACAUUUUGGAAUAUGCUGAUCCCGAAUUGGAUGCACUCGACGAAGCCGAUCAAUCGAAUCUAUUGGACAGUCUCGAUUUUGAUGAAACCGAAGAAAAGGAAAAGACCAAGAGAGCCGCAUUGGAGAAAUUGAACAAGGCCAAUGAAAAUAAAGCGGCAAUGGGCCAGUUGAAAACAAAUCUCAAUCAAAAUAAUGAACAACAAGCGAAUGCUACCAAUUCAGUCGUUUCAAAUGUGGUGCAAACAUCACUUCCCAAUCAAAUUACACAAAAUAGACCACCGCAAACACAACAGCAACAAAUGAUGAUGCAGCAAAGGCAAAUGCAACCAAAUAUGAGCGCUCAACAGCGUGUGUCAAUCCGUUCGAAUCCGCCACCUUAUCCAGUUCAACCACCACCACCGUAUCCAGGUGCCAUGAAUAAUGUUCAGGAACAGCCUUUGUUGCUCGAAGAUUUACUGGAGCAAGAGAAACGCGAGAAGCAAGAGCGUGAGCGUCAAGCAUCAAUGAACAGUGACAUGAGCAAUCCAAAUAGUUCGAGUUUGUUGAGCGAACAUGAUUUUGAACGGUUGCGUGCUGAUGUGCUCGGCAAUCAAGGUAUGCCAGCGCAAGGGAUACAAGCCCAGGGAAUGCCACCUCAGGGAAUACCAGCACAAGGGAUGCCCAAUCAAGGGAUGCAAACACAAGGUAUUCCGGCACAAGGGCUUUUGCCCAUCCAACAACAACAGCCGAUGAUGCAAAAUCAAUCGCAGCAACGACAAGCGUUCGUUGCUCAGAAUCAACCGCGGCCACAGUUCAUUCAGCGUACGGUCAGCCAACAGCAACAGCCGCAUCAAUCUCCACAGCAGAACAUGCAAAAUCAAGUGCCAACCAUGAACACGAUGAUGGAGCCAACGGUUGUGAAGACCGAAGCGUGCAGUGUACCAAUGUUUGUGGCCAACUUACAGAAACCGCCAUCGUUGCCGCCAGACAGCAUUGUCACCGAACAAGAUCGCCAAAUGCAAAUCAACUAUGAACAAUGGCUGAGUGCACAGGACAAUAAAUUGGCCAACCAACGGAAAUACUAUGAGACCGAGGUGACGAAAUUACGAAAAUCACGCAAAGCACUGAACAGCAAACAACGUGCGUUGAAAAAGGGCGGAAACGACCUUACCGAAAGUGAUACUAUCGAACUUAACAAGAUUACUGCUGAUCAAACGUUUGUUCAAAAACAACUCGAGAAUGCACGAAAACAAUCACGGCAACACACGCUCGUUAUUAACGACUAUAAGAAUAAACAACAGGCAGCUGGCAUGAAGAACAAUCUCGCUCGACAACAAAUGGCUGCUCAACAGCAACCGCAACAGAUACUCUCGCCGAUCAAUCAACCGGGCGUUAUGUCGGCCCAAUCACCACUUGGAAACUCUGGACAACAAACAAAUAUGAUGCAAAUGUCUGCUCAAUCGCCGCUUGGAAAUCCGGGACAACAAUCCAGCAUGAUGCAAAUGUCGGUGCAAUCACCGAUGCAAGCGCCUAGCCCACUAAUGGCACAAAGUCCGAUUCCAAGCAAUGCGAUCAUGCAAAGCCCUGGCAAUCCGAAUAUGUCACCGUACAACAGCCAACCAUCGCCACGCAUCGGAACACCACAUUCGCAGCCUGAUGAGCAAUCGAAUGCUCCUCAGAUGAGUCCGUUCAGUCCAGGUGGUCCAAUGAGCGCUUCACCAUCACCCUCGUUGCCUGGUCGAUUAACGUCGCCAGCUCCACGAAUGACAUCACCUCAACAUCAUCGUAUCGCUGGUCCACCAAUGCAAGGUCGAAUUUUAACGAGCCCGAGCCACACAUAUGCACAACAAAAUAUUGUGCAAACCCAAAUGAUUGUCAAUCAGCAUCGUUUCGUUCGACCUCAGCAACAACAGCAAGUGCAGCAGCAACAGAUUGUGGUGAAUCGUCAAGCAAGUAUGACGGGUUACAUUUCGCCAUUGGGUAGCCCACAACCAAUAAUGUCGCCGAAUGCGAAUCCCAUGCAACAAAUGCCACAACAGCAGCAACAACAACAGCAACAGCAACAAUUGCAACGGAGACAACAAACGGUGAUGCAGAUGCAACGGCAACAGCAAAUGCUGCAAAUGCAACAGAGCCAAAUGCAACAGAACCAAAUGCAGCAAAAUCAAAUGCAACAAAAUCAGAUGCAACAGAACCAAAUGCAAAUGCAACAGGUUCAAUCGCAACAGCAGCAUUACAUUCAACAGCAAGUGGUUAGUCCAAUGAUGAUUAGUUCACCACAUAUGCAACGGCCGCCGAGUGGUGGGCCAAUGAAUUCGCCGCAACAGGUUCAACAGCAACCACAACAGCAGCCACAACAACCACCGCCCGGUUAUGUAUAUCAGAAGCCCGGUUUGCGUGGUGGUGCGCCAAUUCAUGGUUUAAGCCGUGGUGCCAAGCGAUUGCCAAUGGCUAGUACAUCGACUAGCGGCCAAUCGCAGGCUCCACAAACCAGCAAUCCAGUUGUGAUUGUCACCCGAUCGGAAUUGAAUAAUGUCACAAUUUUGAAGAAGAAAGGCACAAUGAAAACGACGGGCACAUUAAAAGCCGCUACCGGUACACGAAUCAUUCACCGUGGCAAAGUGGCCAACAUAAUACCAACACAGGACGAUUAUGAUGAAGCGUCAAAUGCAUCGACAAUGUCAACACCAACCACAUUCACCGUGCAACCGCAUAUGAUCAAUCGCAAUCUGAAGCGAACGGCAUCGGACAGUUGCUACACAAGCACCAAAUCAUCGAUGCGAUCCCCAUUGACCGGAUCCACAAUGAUCAUGGAGGAUAUUGUGGUGAUCGACAGCAGCCCGGAUGAAAAGCAACGCAUCAUGGACUAUGACGAUGAUAAUGAUAAAUCGGUUAUCGGACCGGAAGUAUCGCUUAGCUCAGUCGCACAGAACGCUAUCGAUGGCGAUGAUGUGUCGGUGAUUUAUGACACAUCGGCGGGAAAUGAUUUCAACAUUGUAUCAAGCCCAUUGGAAUCGGAGGAAAUUAGCGAAGAAUAUCCACUGUUCCCAUGUGUAGCUGACUAUGUUGAUGAUGGUGAACGUCACACAAUCGAAAGUCCGACUGAAGAUGAUUCGAAAUCCAUGACGGUCGAUGACAGUGAUGACGAUGGUAAACAUCAUUCCGAAUCACCGGUUUAUCUGGAUGAAAUCGUGAAUUUAGAUACCAAUUCGGAAGAGCAUUUCGCCACAACCGAAGAAGAGAUCAUGUCAAUGAAUUCAGAAAUUAUCAUCAUGGAUUCAGGCAUUAAGACACCUGAAGAUCGUUUGCAUAAUACAGCCGAAGAUUUUGAAGCGAUGAUCGAUUCGGGCAAUUCCAAAGACGGAAAAGAAAGUAAUUCAUCGAUUGAAUUGAUGGAAAUCGAACCCGAACAAGAGUUGCCGUUGAUCAAAACCUCGAAACCGGUAACAAUUGCCAAGGAAACGACUACCUUGAGCAAGGGUAGAGUCAUUACAGUUGUUGUACCACAAUCUUCAGCUUCUUCCAAUAAGCCACAAAUCGUUCCGUAUGGUCGUAAAACCGUCACAGCCACUGCCAUUGUUACCAACAAAAAUGCAGUCUAUUCGACCGUUUCAUCAUCGGCAUCCACGCAUAAUUUGGUGAAAGAUGCAACACAAGCCAAAUACCUGUUGGGCGAUCAAACGAUUUCAGUGCCGAUACUGAAAAAUCUUCCAUUGGCACGCGUCUCAGGGGCAAAAGGCAAUGCUGAGACGGGCAAUAAAAAGAUUAUUGGUCAAUCGGCCAUUAUCAGUACAUCACUUUCCAAUAUUUCGUUGAAAAAACUCAAUUCGAACUUUGUCACGUUGUCACCACUGAACAUUCAACACACUUCGGGUGGUCGUAUCGUGCAAGCACAACUUGUGCGCGCACAACCGUCACAACAAACCGUUACGACAGCUAAUCAAAGAAAAGUAACAUCGGUUGCUGGACCACAGAUAACGAAAAGUGUAACGCCUACCCUGACCUAUUCGAAAAUUGGCACGUCACUGGCCUCGUUGAAAGUGUCACAGGAUGUGUCAUUGCCAACGAAACUCUUCGAAGACGAAUCCAUAUCGCCCGACAGCUCAAUCGAACAAGAUGAAAGCGAUCUAAUGCUCACCGAAGAAACGAUCUACACAACCGAAGACUCAAACAAUCGUGAUGCUAAUGAAAUUGGGGAGAAUUCGCAGAAGUCAAUUUCGUCACCUAUUUCAUCCAUAUCAAAUCAAGACCGUAUCAUCGAAGUGGACGAAAUGCUGAACGAUGACUGGAAACGCAAAUCGUCAUCAUCGUCGCCAAUCAUCAAAUCAGACAGUCAAUCGAAUACAUCGCAAAGUGGCGGCGAUAAAUCACAAGAUGCAACCGAAAAACCAACAAAACCAACCGUACAAAUUCCAGUGCAUGUUAUCAUCAAAUCGUGUGAAUCACCAAAUACAGCCAGUCUUCAGCAAACUGCACGUUUGACAUCGAAUUUGCCACAGUUAUCACCGCUUUCACAACCCAACGAGAUAACUUCGAACAUGGCAAAUGCAUCGCAACAAUUGCGUUCAAUUAUGUCAUCGAUUAAUCAAACAGCAACAAACUCAAACACGGCCUCAGGCAUAACAAGCAAUCAAAACAAACCGGUCACAACCACUGUCGAAAUAAAAACAAUCGACGCACAAGUGUCAGUUGCAAACGCAUUGGCAGCGGCGGCCACAGCAAUGCCGUCCGGCAUCAAAACGGACAACACCACAAAUGUUGUGCCAACGAGUUUUGAAAAUGUGUUGGCUGUUAAUCGCACCAAUGAGCUGAAUGCAAAAAUUGAAACCGUUCAACAAACCGUUCCAAAGAUUGUCAACGAAACGAUUCCAACAACGAUCACUGCUGGCAAAAUAUUGACAUCGCAAGCGUUCAGUCAGAACAAUAUCGGAUCGAUUACAACGACAUCGGCCGGAAGUAUUCUGGUCGUGAAACAAUUGCGAACCGUUUCACCGAUGACAAGCCGAAGUCGAUCACCGGUCACGGUUAAUUCAUCUGGUGCAAAGACACAGACUUUUUCACUCGUGAAAUCGACAAUGGGCGGGACGCCAAUCAUCAUUUCCGGUCAGGCAGCACCACCCGGCUCAUCGGUGAUUAUCAAUAAAAUGCCAAUUCUUCACAAAGUCGUGACCACUGCAUCGAUUGUAUCGGCUGCCAAUAACAUUGUCGUUUCGACAAAUAAUCCAAUUUCGGUGUCGACAUCGAUCGCAAAGAGUACCACACAAACGAUGAGCAUUUUGAGCAGUACAUUAUCUCAGCCACAGCAAUCUCGUAUUGUUCCUUAUGCCGAAGGACAACAGUUUACCAUUUCGAAGAAACCCAUCAAAUUGCCGAUUUUGACGAAAAUCGAAAAUGCAACCGUCGUAUCGAAUGCAUCGGUCACGUCAGCUAGUUCAACGGCAGCUAUUCAGAAUAUUCUGCAAUCGGGCCUAUACAGCCAUCCGACAAGCGGCAGCAUUUUGAGCGCUACCCUCAGUCAACCGGCACAAAAACCAAAUGCAAAACUACUACAAACACAAUUGACCAACAAUUCAUUCCGUCGAUCGAAAUCGACCGAUGAAGUUCCUGGCUUCCUCAAAGAAACACCCGCUCAAAUCAUAAGCAAACGACACAGCAGCAUGGAGGCAUCACUGAAAGAUGAAAAAGACGAAGGCACAGCAGCAGCUCCGGCGUCAAUCGUUCAAAAUACCACCGAAAAUGCAACGGAAAAUUGUAAAUUCACCACUGUCACCAUGGUCCAUAAAUCGGAUGAAUCGCAAAAUGUUUUGCUGAAGCAAUUGCUGCAACAAGCAAGCAAUACCGCACCAACACCAUCAUCGAUACCAACAAUAUCGCGAUCGGUGACCUCGUUGCGAGCACCAAGCUUGGGUGUGGUUAGUUCACUCGAAGCUCAAUUGGCCAGACCGGUCAUUUUGCCUGUACCAGCCACUCCAAAUGCCAUCCAAUCGAAACCAAACACUCUUGUUACAGCCACAACAACCACAUCACAAUCGUUCAGCGCACAAAUAAACAGCGCAAAUAAAGCGGCAGCAUCAACUGUUGCCGUCAGCAGUGCAUCGGUUGAAACGUCGAAAAAUUCGGUGCGCGCUCAUCAAAUAUUAUCACGUGAAACGUCUUUCGUUUCGAAGCCAGUGAGCAGCGAAGAGAAAGAUGAACCAACCACCAUUCCAGCACCGAUUAUAACAAGUGUCCAGGUUACUACGGUACCUCAAAUUACAAUACCAACGGUUACCACCACGGGAACACCGGCAUCUACCGUCACUAUCACAACCAAAGCAAGUCAACCUGAGCCAGUUGUGACUCCAACUCCACCAGAAGUGGUGACUACAGUGGUAGACGUAACAACAACGACUGUUACUUCAACGAAUGCCUCGACCCCGAAUACAGUAGCCAUAGCGCAGAAGAAUUGUGUGACAUUGCAGCAUCAAACAUCGAUUGAAAAGCCAAUUGAAUCGGCUUCAGCGGCAACAACACCAAUUGAAGUGAUCAAGACUGAACCGAUCGUUGCAAAAGAAACCGUUCAAAAUGCUGGCGCUGCAUUCAUAAAAACCGGUGAAAUGAUGAACGCAUCAGCGAUUGUAAUCAAACGUGAAGAUUCGAUUCCAUCGCAAUCGAGUCCAACGCCAACCUCGCGUCCACCAUCGAUUCUAUCGAAUGCGGAUGUUAAGCGUGAAUUGCUCGAUGAUAAUUCACAAAUGAGUGCUGCAUCCGAUCACAGCAGUAUUAAGCAAGAUUCAAUAAAAGAGGAGCCAACAAAUGAAACGAUCACCGAUCCAGAAAUGGCUGCGAAAAUUGCCCAAGAGAUAGCACUGGAGAAUAAACGUCGAAAGCGUCGUGAAUAUCAGAAGAAUCGUCGUCAAAUGCAGAUUCAAAGCAAAGAAAAUGCAAAUGCUGCUGCAGCUGCUGCGGCUAUUGGCCAAGGCCCGGUCAAGAAGAAGCCACGCAAAAUGAGCGCAACGGCCAAAGUGGACGAAGAUUACGAUACGUUUAUCGAUAAUUUGAUGGUUCAGCUGAAAUGCAUGCCACCGAUGCAAAUACUCGAGCCGACACUCAAUCGAAACUAUUCGAUUUGUUCGGCAUUUGGUUCGGGUGAUUUGAACAAGUUCGGUUCGGAUCGUGAAUACAGCAUCAUUUCGGGCGAUCUGAAGCAUGAAUACGGUCGAGCUGAAUUGGAAAGUGUUUCCGAUCACUACAACACCAAGCCAUUUGGUUGCAAGUCACCGUUGUCCGAGCAACACAAUUCAUCGACACAUUACGGUUUCUAUGAUCAAGAAUUUUCACCAAUCAAAUUCUCCAGUGAUGAUGAAAAUCGUAGUAAAUACGAUUUCUUGAAGGAGCGUGACAUUGAAACACCAGACACAAUCAUCAGUUCAUCGAGUCCAGAGUGUGUGAUCCAAGAUUCACCAUCACAUUUCCCCGGCUUGCGAUUGAUUCAAGAAGAUGACGAGGAAUCGACAACUGAUUCUCAGAUGAACAAACGGAUGUCACCACAAAUUCCGAUCAUUACACCGAUUCCGAUUCGCUUGAAGAAGGGCAUGUCGCUGACAACCGACAAAAAUUGCAACACUCUCAUCGACAAGAACAGUGUCAAAGAAAUCUUUGGUAGUAAAUCGAAAUUCGGACCACCGAUGCCAGCGUUGAAAGACAAGAAUAACGUAACAAUUACGUUAACAUUGACAUCAUCGGCCGCUGAUGAUAUCUUGACUGUGCUGCAAGAUUUGGCAAAUAUUCUACACAUUCAUCCGCCAACCACGUACGAAAUUGUGGAGCGAACGACAACGCCACCAAGCCAAAAGCUUGGCUUGUAUCGCACACGCGGCAAAGAUGGCAAAGAAGGCGCUCCGAUCGAUAUUCAAACCAUUUUGAAUGGAAAUGCCAAAUUCUGUCGUCACUGUGAUGUGGUCAUUUUGAAUACAGUCGUUCGUGCCAAAGCCUACGAGUUCCCAUUGCUGGCGCAAAACAAACACGAAUUCGUGAACGAGAGUGAUGAUUUAUACUUCUGCAGCAAAUCAUGCUAUCGCCAAUUCAAAUGUGUGCCAACGAAUAUUCUGGACGACAAGCUGCCGGAAACAUCGAACACGGAACAAAGCAUGUACGACGAUACGGUGAAAUACAGCAAAUGCCCGAACAUUUUGCUAACUUCAUCGAUCACCGAACUGAAUGACGUGAAUGCCGACGAUGAAAAUAGCAAAGACAAUUCAAGCAUCAGCACUGACACCAAGGACGAUACAAAGGAUAGCGUCUUAUCGGCCACCGAUUCGAAUGUGAAGAACGACACAAAAUUGAUCGAUGGAUUGAAACCGAAUGCAAGAAAAUUGCCUGACGAUGCGGUCGCCGAUGAAAAAUCACAGCCGGCAAAGAAGCAAAAGGUAAUGCAAUACAUGAAAUUCUCACCGGGAUGCUUCAAAGCGCAGAACAAAUACAAGAAAAUGACGGAAAAAGAAACGACCGAAAUGCUGUUCCGGAUGAACAUCACCGUGACACCAUCGCCCGAUAAAUUGCCCGAAGACACGCGCAAAUGCAUAUUCUGCCAUCAAAUCGGUGAUGGAGUUGCUGAUGGACCGUCGCGUCUGUUGAACUUUGACGUCGACAAAUGGGUUCACUUGAACUGUGCCCUUUGGUCGGACGGUGUCUAUGAAACGGUCAAUGGUGCGUUGAUGAAUUUGGAGAAUGCGUUGCAACAGAGUUUUACACAACAAUGCACCCUGUGCAAUCAAUAUGGAGCGACGAUCAAAUGCUUCAAGAACCGUUGCACCAACAUUUACCAUUUGAGCUGCGCGAUCAAAGACAAUUGCGUUUUCUAUAAGAGCAAAACGGCGCAUUGCACCAGCCACGCACCAAAAACGGAAAAAGACAACGAACUGACGACAUUGAGCGUACAGCGUCGUGUCUAUGUGGAACGAGAUGAACCAAGACAAGUCGCCUCGGUGAUGCAUCAUUCGGAAUUGAGCAAUUUGUUGCGUGUUGGCAGCUUGAUAUUCCUCAAUGUAGGCCAACUGUUGCCGCAUCAAUUAGUCAAUUUCCACACACCAAACUUCAUCUAUCCGAUUGGCUACAAAAUUCUACGAUUCUACUGGUCAUUCCGACGACCAAACAAACGAUGCCGAUACAUUUGCUCGAUUGCCGAUGUCUGCGGUCGACCGGAAUUCCGUGUUCUCAUCCAAGAAUCAUUCGAAGAAGACGUUGAAUACCGUGACUCAACGCCAAAAGCAGUUUGGCAACGUAUCCUCGAAAAAUUGGCACCGCUACGCAAAGAAAACGAUUUAGUGCAAAUCUUUCCCAAGUACAUCAUUGGCGAAGAUUUGUUCGGUUUGACCGAACCGGCCGUGGUUCGCAUAUUGGAAAGUUUGCCCGGCAUCGAAACACUCACCGAUUAUCGAUUCAAAUAUGGACGAAACCCGCUGCUUGAGCUACCAUUGGCCAUCAAUCCAUCGGGAGCGGCACGUACUGAACCGAAACCACAGCAAAAUCUCAGCUGGAAAAAACCACACACACAACGAUCGGGCAGUGCAAGUCAACGGCCAGCAUUUGUUGCCUCUACAUCUGUUGUUGGUGAAGUGGCGUGCCCAUACAGCAAGCAAUUUGUCCAUUCGAAGAGCUCGCAAUACAAGAAAAUGAAGCAAGAAUGGAGAAACAACGUGUUCCUAGCUCGAUCAAAAAUUCAAGGGCUGGGCUUGUAUGCGGCUCGAGACUUGGAGAAACACACAAUGGUCAUCGAAUAUAUCGGCGAGGUGAUUCGAUCGGAAUUGUCAGAGCUGCGCGAAAAACAAUAUGAGGCAAAGAAUCGCGGCAUUUACAUGUUCCGUUUGGACGAAGAUCGUGUAGUGGAUGCAACGUUAUCCGGUGGAUUGGCGCGUUACAUAAAUCAUUCGUGUAAUCCGAAUUGUGUCACCGAAAUCGUUGAAGUUGAUCGGGAAUUCCGUAUCAUCAUAUUUGCAAAGCGUCGCAUUAAUCGUGGUGAAGAGCUGUCAUAUGACUACAAGUUUGAUAUUGAAGACGAUUCACAUAAGAUUUCGUGCAUGUGCGGCGCACCAAAUUGCCGCAAAUGGAUGAACUAAAUUGGAGCGUGAAAACGAAUGGAAUGCAUCUAUGUAUCAGAGUAGAAGACGACAUGAACCCAUUUAGACAUUUUGUGAUAAUAAAUUAAAAUUAGAGAGAGAUAUAGAGGAACACAUUCGAGUAGACGAUGCACGGAUAUAGGAGCGGAAAACAUAUAAAACACUGUAUUUGUAUUGAAAUUGAAUUCUCGCAUCACAUCAGCAUGUUAACUAUUGAACUGAAUCAGCAAUAAUUCUACAACAAUUCAA